AUGCACAAUGUAUUCCUUGGUUUACUCAGCAAUCAUGGUAAAGAACUUUUUGGACUGAAAAUUUCAGGCAAGAAGGCAUCCAAUCGAACAAAUACCAAGCACUUUGGACAAAAAUCUCCAACCUCCGAAUCCAAUCAUGAGAGUGAUUCCAAAGAUGAUUGCAAAGAAGAUUUUCCUGAUGAUGAUGUUACCGAAGAUCCUGAAGUUGCAAUUUCAGAAGAACUCAAAGAGCUCCUGAAAGCAUUCCAGGACCUGGAUCUGAGUAUCCCAACAUCUCCUUCUGAUUCGGAUUCCUGUUCCUCAGAAGGCUCUACUCAAAGCAUAUUAGAAACAGAAAGUGAGAGCAAUCAGGAUCCUGUGGUGACGGCUGAAAAUGAUAUUCCUACCAUGCUGAAUCCGCUCGGAGCACGGGCACGUGCCGUCAACAGUUGGUAG